AGCUCGAUCCUUGCUCCUGCCUCUCACAUGAACGUUAUACGAUUGUCUUUUUGUUAAAGUGGAAAUAGAGACGACAUCUGUCAUUACUAUGGACGCUGCUGAUGUAGGACGGUACGGCACUCUGCGAGUACUCAAGCGGCUGGAAGAUGACAUAGUCGCAUGCUAUCCUAUCGACGACGAGGAGGUGACCAUUGGCAGAGAUCCCAGCUGCAAUCUCAGACUCUACUACGAGUCGGUUAGCUCUCUUCAUUGUAAAGUGAUAUUCCGGGAACGCAAGGCGUUUCUAGAAGUAUUGGGUGCAAAUGGUCUCCUGGUAGAUGGAUGCGCCGUUUUCCCUGCCAGUUCUCCCAGCUCAGGACCCGUCAUAGUCCCACUUCCGAAUAAUUCAAUCAUCGAGAUUCACAAGAAACGGUUCCAGUUUUGCUACCCUCCAAAGGAACUUCGUCCGAUUCUGCUCUCUACACCUUCACGGCCAGAGCCCGAUGGCAAGUCACCCGGCAAACGAAAGCUACGAAUGUCGAUGAUCCAUAGCGCGCAAGUUUUCUCUCCAAGACCUAGUCCUAACCCCAGAGAAAACCUCCGAAUCUUGCAAACACCUCUAAAGACACCUUUCCGUGACGCGAAUAGACGCCAGAGCUCUCCUCUGAAGCGCGGGGUCUUUUUGGCCGAACCUGAAGAGGAGGAAGACGAAGACGAAGAUAUUGUCCUCGUUGAGACGAAUUAUCCCCGAGUUGUUGAAGAAGAUGAAGACCUUGUCAUUACAGAGCAUGUGGUAUUCAGGCCACCUCCCCCAGAGCCACCAAAGUCAUCUCAACCUCACCGAGUCGCGCAGUUUCCCAUCCCGCAAGCUGCUCAACCUCCACCACAGACGCAGCAAACUCCUAGGCGGAGACCUCAUUCAAGAGCGUCCUUGCACCGUGCCGUUCUCAUAAGAUCAGCUCAACGCACGGCUUUACGAAGAGAGAUGGAGGAGGAGGAAGAGGUAGAAGAAGUAGAAGAAACUAUCAAUGAACUCGAUGAAGAUGAGGAAAUGGAAGAACAGGACCUGAUGCAGGUAGAUGAAGAACCGAAGUCGCUUCCACGAGUCUCUGGAUGGAAGAAGAGUCUGGAGGUAGUGAAGGAAGGUAUUGGAUGGCCCUUCCGCUCAUCAUCCGUGCCACGCGAUGUUCAAGAGGGAGAUGAAGAUGAAGACGAACAAGGCCAGGAAGCCAACGAGGUUAAUGGUGGCGAAGGUCUCAUAGCUGCAGGAGAGGAGAAUGACGCUGAAGAACUGUUCGAGUUCUAUGAUAACACGCCACCUCCUCAAGGGGAGGAGUUCGCAGAGGAAAAGUUUUCGGAUGAGCUCCCUCUACCAGCUCCCACUUUCAGCAGCGCGGCACCUGCUCUUGGCAGGUUCAUGACACCCCAGGCUCCUCGGGUUGCUGACAGACUGAGGGAUCGUGUCCGAUACUCAAUGGGUGGUUUCAAUACGGCAGGUAUGAACGGCAUGGUGCCGGGUGCUGAACUAGCGUCCUCCACCGGGCCUCGACGAGUUAAGAUUGUCGAGCCAUGGAGAGUGGAAGAUCUUGUUGUGCCAUCGGAACCGGACGUAAAGGAAGAAGACAAACCCACCCACAUACCGUCAACUCCGCAAAGACAUCGUCUGACCGAGGAGGAACGGCGGGCUAUCCAAGAACGUCGCAGAAGUGCAUUGACUAUGCCCGAUACCUUCACGCCAGGCUCAAAACGUAUCUUGAGCCUGUCUCCAGUAAAGGCCGCUCCAAUUCCCGCUUUGAAUAUCAGCAUCAAGGAAACGAUUCAGGAACAACCGGAGGAAGGCGAAGAGGAUACUGAAGUGAUGCUAGCUCGCAUGAAGCAAAUGGUUGAUAGUGUCAAGAAACGACAGAGUAUGGGACUUCGACACUCAGUCGGGUUCGGCUUGUCUCCAAAGAAACCUGGACAGUUCUCUUUGUUGGCAUCUGACUCUGGUUCUCAAACGCCAGGGACGGAGAAGAACCUUUUCGACCUAGCGCAAAGGAACGACAAAGUUGAAGCUCUUUCUUCCGGCGAUACUGGACAUGAUGUGGAUGCCUUACUGUUAGGAUACUCCGAGGAUGUCAACAUGGAUACCGAAGAAGAACACGAUGUGCCACAGCAAAUGCAUCUGCAACCUUCUACGUUCCAGCCGACCGGCGUAAGGGAAUUCUUCCGAGUACCUGAUCAGACCGCUGUACACACGCCUCGGAUGGACGGUAUGAGAGAACUAUUCCGCACCGAACGAAAUACUGUGACACCUACGUUCGAGGGGAUCGGGGAUAUGCUUGCCACUCCGGCAGGCUACAGAGAGACCAUUCAACCUCAACCUGCAACUUCUGAUGGAACGCAAGACUCUGUAGUCGAGGAGGAGGGUCCCACCAAACCGAUUCAGAGUCGACUUAGGAAACCCGCCACCCUAGGUUCUCGUCUACCAGCCACACGUCGCACCGCACCUCGCUCUGCCCCAGCGCGGGGAGCAAGUCCUCUCGUACCUGAGGACGAACCAGCUCCUGCGGAGUCCUCGACUUCAAAGAUUGGACCACCGUCUCGCGUGACGCGCAAACCAAGGUCCAAGACGGUCAACAAUGAUAACGUAGCCACCUGCGCGCGUCAUAGCACGAUCUACCAGAGCCAGAGAUAAUGCUGAGAAAGAUGAGGACCAUAAGAGAACAAACUCAGCACCGAGCGCCAUGUCUACUGCUGAACCUGAACCCGAGGAGCCGAGUUCUGGUGUCCCCAAGCUAGGUCGUCGGACCAGGAAAACGGCUGAAACUUCACCUCCUACUGAGGACGCACCCCCCGCUAGGUCCCUGCGCAAACCUCGCACUGCCAGGACACCAGUUCCAGAAACAGCGCCAACUCCUUCCGAACCUAGGUCAACACGCCGUGGUACAAGAGCAAAGCCCAUACCAGUCGAGGAAGAAGAUGAGCUAGACGUUAUCCCUCGCGAACCAUCGCCUGACAAGGAACCUUCUGGUACAAAAGUUCGACGAAGUGCGAGGACGAAGGUCAAGGAGGAGGAACCUGAAGAUAGUCCAAUGUUGACGACUCUCGACGAGGUUCCGGAGCCAACAACCAAGGGUAGUCGAACGCGGAAGAUACCUGGGACCAAGACCAUGCUCCCCACCACCAGAAGCACUGGUCGAGGGAAGGCGGCAGCAUCUUCGAAGAAAGCAGUCGUGGAUGAGUCCCCUGCUUCUGGUGAAUCUGGAGAUAAGGAGAACACUCCAGAACCUGAGGAUGAAGUUGCUCCUUCGAACGGCAAGGCGAAAGUCACCAGAAAAGCGACGAGGGCCCGCGCUGCUACGGAGGAACGAGAGGAACUUACUGCUGGCGUUGGCAAAACGCGAGUGAGUAGAGCGAAAACGAGACGAUGAAGUGUGUGUUGAGUAUAUAGUUUUCUGUCUUCCCUUCUACACCCACUUUGUUUCUUUUAUAUGGAAUACCCCCUUGCAUGUCUGGGAACGAGUAAUUAUGAUAUAUUAUGUACGAGGAAGAAAUGAAUCAGGAGUGGAGUAGAGCGGAUUGCAGGAAUUUGCCUGAGGAGUUUCGUUGAUACAGAUUGAAUCGUUGUGGUGGAUAUGAAGGAAGUAAUACUGGUACACAUGCAAACGUCAACCGUUGACCAGAACGAUCGCAGAAUUAGUAGGUUUACGGAGAAUCGUUGACGUG